AUAAUUUUGCCGCCAAAAAUUCAGUUGUUAAGGCAUCAGCAUUAUUAAAAUUAUCUCAUUAAGAGAAAUGCAACAAUACAUGCACUCUUUGUUUAUAAAUCUAGUUUCUUAUUCUACCAUGACAAGUGCUAUGACAGCAACUAUGACUACUGUAAUGACUAGAUCCUCUACAUAUGCUGUGACAACUACUGUAUUAGUGACUAGCAGAGGAAAUGUUGGAUUGAUAGUUGGUGUCACUGUAGUAUAUAUACCUAUGAUACUACUGGCACUGGCUAUGGUUGUAGUUGUACUAGUAAUUGUUAUGUAUAUCAAAAGAGCUAAUCAAAAGAGAAAAUCAGAUAAUGAGAUUGUAAUGGAAUGCAGUCCAGCUUAUGCUACAACUGAAUUUAAAACAAAAUCAACUGUUGAGCCAGUGUAUGAUACAACUGAGUCAGGGCCUCCUACUUCUGUUCCACCACCUUCUACUGAAUAUGAAACACCAACUGUUUAAUAAUGUACUCAUAUUUUAUGUAGACUAGUUAGCGAUGUAAAUUAGGUAGACUAGAUAUAGUA